AUGUCGUCUGCCCAACACACUCGCUCUCCAUAUUCAGGCGAAGCAACAAUAGCGUGUCUCCUCGAAAUCAAAGGCGACCUAUAUGCUCUCGGUCCAGCCCAUCUUUUCACGGAGAAGACUGCCGCCAAGUCUCAAGAGCAGCUGCUAGUCGAGCUGCUACAAAUGGACGAAGAUGAUGAUGAUGACAUCGCUUUCGACGACCACGACGAUGAAAGCGAUGAGGGCUAUGUUUCAACCAAUGGCGUCACAUCUGAGGAAGAUACAAUCAACAGUAACACCACACUACCCAGUGAUCCUUCCCCUCCAUUAUCAAAGGUCGUCGACGAUCCAAGUAACGACGAAGGAGCCCUCGAAAAUCUGACAAUAAUAUAUCCUGGCCCAGAAGACCUCCACAAAGAUAAUACGGACGGUGAUUGGGCGGUCACACAUAUCCAGAAGCAUCACCAACAGCUACCGAAUCUGUACCUGUCUGAGGGACAGAAAGCUUCUAGGCUUCGACACAUUGUAGACGUCUACAGCGAGCCUUCAGGAGACGACACACAACUCAUGUCCGAAAAAUCUGUUCAUAUACUCACUUCCUCGUCGACAAAACAUGGCAUGCUCCUCCCAGGAUAUGCGAACAUAUCUGGCCUAAGCGGACGCGGAUAUUGCAACGUACAUAUUGUGUCGAUGACUGGCUCUGAUGGUAUCGAGGCGGGCGACUCAGGGUCUCUGGUUGUUGAUGCUCAAACUUCCGUGGCGUAUGGACAUGUCGUGGCUACGAGUCCCCAAGGCGAUGCAUAUGUCGUGCCUCUCUACACAACGAUUCGCCAGCUAAAGGCAUUCUUCGAGACCGCCAACGUCCGUUUGCCCGAACCUCUACAUCUGUUGUCGCAGAUUGCAUUACACUACGUUACCACGAAGCAGUUCAGUCAAGCUGAAGAAGCUAUCAACGCGUUGACCCAUCUUGUGCAGAAUGUUUGCAGUUCGCAUCAGUGGGAGCGAUUGGCAUACUGGAUCAAGACUUCCACGGCACGAACCAGCCUACUGAAUAUUUGGGAUGAGAGGCUGGUGCAAGUAUUUUCUUGA